CAGUAUGCGACGACACAUCAGCACCACCUUUCUUAUUUGGAAACAGAAAUAUCUAGGAAAUGCAUGUUUGUUUCAAAAUAUGAUCUAUUUAAAGACUGUUUUGAAGAAAUCGCACGUAUUUGGUUGGCUUAAUUAGGCUUACAGAAAUGUUUCGUAUAUCAGUUACAGUGUGUGGUCCAGGCAUUUCUAAAAGGGUGAGCGUUAAGCUAGGCUAAUGCUAACUUAGCUAGCUGUCACUUUAUUGAGGAUAAAUAAAGAUGUAGUGGCUGAAAUUACUGUUGGCACAUAUCAAAUUUCAUUGUCAGAUGUCCUCUUUUUAGUUGGCUUCAUACGCUCUACCCUCAAAUUUACGCAUCCCUUCCAAUCUCGUGGACCAUGCAAGAGCAAAGGCCCCCUCCUCCAUCAGACUCCAGUCUUCCUGUGUUGGGGAGGUGUGACGCUGUCAUCCCUGUACACCUGAGCCCAGUACAGACAUGGGUGGAGACGUUGGAGAGGCGGGACAGUAAACGGUUAGGUUUGGUUGACCUCCACCCCGAUGUCUUUGCAGUCCCUACCAGGUGGUGUUUCUCAUGGACCCAGAGGACCAACCAGUUUUUACUACGUUUCCCAUGAAAGUACGUGUUCAAGGGCUAAAAAUUGCCCUCAGCUCCAAACUGGCCCAGGAUUAUCUCCAUGUGGUUGACACUCUGAACAUCCCCACACCUGACCCACAGUACCUCAUGGACCUCAUCAGAUACCGAUAUUGGGGGGAGUCUGUUUUGAUAGUUGACGUGGGCGAAGAGCUUCCUGAGAACAUCCUUCAGGCCACUGAGAGCUUGAAGACUGUGAAUGUCAUUCCAGCCAUAGGCCUGAACGUUCAUAGCAUGCGAAAACACGAGGUCCUGGUCCUCACCCUGGAAGCAGUGAAGUUUCUGGAAAACAAGCUGCUUUGGCACGACGAACGCUUCACACCGCUGUACCCCUUCAAACACCCCUACACUGACCUGCCUUGAAGGCACUGGGUGAAGGAAUACCGUCGCGUAACAUAUUCAAUGAUACAAAAUGUUUGUCAUGCCUUUUAAUAUAAUAAAUACAUGUCAAUGAUAAGAUAUGCAAACUGGUGAUUAAAAGAGAGCCUAUUUUAGGCGUAAAGUACAUAAGGCCUAGAGUCGAUAGUUGAUUGGCGGUAGGAGUCCAUUGGCCAAGUCAUGUCGUAUUUCCCAUCUCAGGGCGGAGCGUUUCUUCUCUGUAGGCACCACGUAGGUGUUGGGCACAAAUACUCUUCGAGGCUUCGGCUGGAGGGGGGGACAUUACAAGAUGUCAAUGUUUUCAGUCAUCGCUAGGUAUUUACCCCCCCAGAAUUUUUUUAAAUACAUUUUCCGUUAGGCCAUGUUUGACCCAUGUCUGUGGUUUCCAGGGAGCAAUGCAGCAUCAGUGGUUUUACUUGUUCCUUUUCAAAUUCUUUAAAAGUGGACCCUUCCUUGAAGUAAUCUCUAAUUUGUAAUGACUGGAAAGGUGGAGUCCUUGCGUUCACCUGUCUAGCCAUUUAGGAAUGUGAUUGGUUAAUGAUUAGUGGGUGUGGCUUGCGACCCAGUGACAGGUUUGAGUCAAAUAAGAGGAGCCAGGUUAGGGAGGCAGGUUGGCUAGCGGGUAUAAAACAACAGGUCCCAGGUUCAACACCUGAUGCUGAUUUCUAACUCUCGUUUUUAAAGAUCAGUGGGUUGGGUUUACAGUCAUUAACAGUAAAAAGGCAUGCCUGGUGCAAGUGGCAGAGAGCGUAACAUGGGUUGCCAUGCAGUAGGUCCCUGGUUUGAAUGUGAGUCCCUUAUUAUACAUUCUCUAUCAACUUGGAUUACUUGACUAAAACCUAAUGUGGUUAUGCCCUCAGAACAACAUUGAAUAAGAAACUCAGAUCUGUCUAAAUUAGGGGAGAGAAAGGAAUCAAAAACAAAUACUUUUGUCCAUUUACCUUACAGUUCACAGAAAUGUGUCUUAACACACACUUUUGGCAUCAGGAUAAUGAAAGCAAUUUAU